CGUGGAGGAGGCGGGGCCAGGGCGGGCCGUCGGUUCUUAAAGGGACUGGGCGCGGAGCUCGGAAGGCGGCGCCGUUCGAGGCAGCGCGGGGUGCGUGGUGCGGAGCAGGUUCGGGAGUGCCAGUAAUAACACCUGCCUCAUCAGGAUAUUGGGGGAAUUCAGGAAAAUAAUGCAAAAGUGCCCAAUACAGAGCCUGGCACGCAGCGGGCGUUCAGUCGAGCUGGAUGAGCCCAGAAGAGGAUUGACGCAGCUCGGAGGAAGGCGGCUGCGGGCCAGGCCGCCCGGAAUGAAAGACCUCAGUGUCUGAGUUUCCUCCCCCGCCCCCCUCCUCCGCUCCACCGUCUCUGCCCGUAGAGUUUGUUCAGGGUGGUGGUGCACACCUGACAGUGGAGCCUGGGGCCAAGGCCACGUCUACACUACCCUGUUCAGUGCCACCUAGAAUUAGGCGGGAUCCUUAGCUCCAAGCCGGGAGUGGCAUCCGCACAGGCGGAACCAGCCUGGCUGACCUGGGGUGGGGCCCACUCCAGGAGUGCAGUGCUGUAACCCCAGAGCUGGGCUCAGCCUGCCUGGCAAAAGACCCCACCCUGAGGCCAUCUGCUAUAUUUCCUGCCUCCUCCCAGUUGACCUUUGUGGGAGGGAGUCAGGGGGCUGCUUACCCCAGGAGGUAUUAGUCACUGAACCAAGGAGCCAGUUUAUACCUAGUGAUGGCAGAGGGACUGGGAAGGUCCGAGUCUGAGCAGACAGAACCCCUUCCUGGGCUCUUGGAGUCCCAAUGCUGCUGCCUUGUUUCCUUCUGUCCAGAACUGUCCAGUCCCCAGACACCUCGGGGAAGGCAGUGUGGAGCCUAGGGUUCCAUCUUCCCAACCCCCGGUCAGUUAUGGCACUUGUGCCAUCAGUCUCCCCACCUGUACCAUGUGGCAGUCCUUUAAAAUCACCUCAUCUGACCCUCACACUACCACGUGAUAGUUGGACAGUUAUAAACUCCAUGUUAUAGAUGGAAACUAAGGCCAAGAGAGAAGUGGUCUCCAAGGCCUAAGGCCAGAAAGUGAUGGUAUCCAGUCUUGGGCCAGGGCUGACUCCAGACCCACCCUAUUAACUAGGACGCACCACUGCCUCCCUCUGACGCCAGAGUCCAGAUCGAAGGAGGCCCUGAUCAGGCAGCCUCAGCCACCUCUGAGUCUCCGUCCUGGGCCAGGCGCGAUGGCGGAGAAGGUGCUGGUAACAGGUGGGGCUGGCUACAUCGGCAGCCACACCGUGCUGGAGCUGCUGGAGGCGGGCUAUUCGCCGGUGGUCGUCGACAACUUCCAUAACGCCAUUCGUGGAGGGGGCUCCAUGCCUGAGAGCUUGCGCCGGGUUCAGGAGCUGACAGGCCACUCUGUGGAGUUUGAGGAGAUGGACAUCUUGGACCAGGCAGCCCUACAGCGUCUUUUUAAGAAGCACAGCUUCACGGCAGUCAUCCACUUUGCUGGGCUCAAGGCUGUGGGCGAGUCGGUGCAGAAGCCUCUGGAUUACUACCGAGUUAACCUGACAGGAACCAUCCAGCUUCUGGAGAUCAUGAGGGCCCACGGGGUGAAGAACCUGGUGUUUAGCAGCUCGGCCACCGUGUAUGGGAACCCCCAGUACCUGCCCCUGGAUGAGGCUCACCCCACAGGUGGCUGUACCAACCCCUAUGGCAAGUCCAAGUUCUUCAUCGAGGAAAUGAUCCGGGACCUGUGCCAGGCAGACAAGGCCUGGAAUGCAGUGCUGCUGCGAUAUUUCAACCCCAUAGGCGCCCACGCCUCGGGCUGCAUCGGCGAGGAUCCCCAGGGCAUCCCCAAUAACCUCAUGCCCUAUGUCUCCCAGGUGGCGAUUGGACGACGGGAGGCACUAAAUGUCUUUGGCAAUGACUAUGACACAGAGGAUGGCACAGGCGUCCGGGAUUACAUCCAUGUCGUGGAUCUGGCCAAGGGCCACAUCGCGGCCUUGAGGAAGCUGAAGGAGCAGUGUGGCUGCCGGAUCUACAACCUGGGCACGGGCACAGGCUAUUCGGUGUUACAGAUGGUCGUGGCCAUGGAGAAGGCCUCGGGGAAGAAGGUGAAGAUCUAUGGCGCUGGCAGAAGCAGAAUCCUUCAGGCUUUGGCGCGCAGGCCUGAGACCCUCACCUACCAGGGACCAGAAAAGGAAGAGAAACAACUGCCUGCUCUCCAGCCUCUGGGAGGAACCCAGGGACCUCAGAGCCUCCCCUACCUCAGACCCCAACGGUGCCCACUCAGCCCACCAGGCAUGAGGCCAAGCGCACCACUGACCAGGUAUCAGGGGUCUCUAUUCCACAGGGUCCAGGAACCCAGGAGGACCACCAAGAGCAAGUGGGGCGAAGCAGGGCCCUGAGACACACAGAACGCCCUCCUCCCGGGCACUAAUUUAUACUGCUACGAAGGAGCUUCCCAAAGUAUUUAAAAUAAAGUUUUCUUACACUGGA